AUGGCCCAACCCACGAUCCACCAGCCCAUCCACCCAGAUAUCGCAGACAGGCUCCUCGGCGAGUAUGCUGCGUUCCACAACGCGCACAUAGCGCAGACGGUCCCUGUACACGAGAUUAAACCAUGGAGCCCUGCCCUCCGCAAUGCCCCCGCUGUCAUGGGCGGAUCCGAGCCCUUGAAGGUCGGCGCCGUCAAGGAUUAUCCGCUCAGCAAGUGCUCCGUGCGUGUGUUCACACCAGAGGGCGAACCACCGGCGGACGGUUGGCCGGUCUUCAUCUUCUACCACGGCGGCGGAUGGACCCUCGGUACUAUUAACGCAGAGAACUCGUUCUCCACCAAUAUGUGCAAGCGUGCGCAGUGUGUAGUCGUGUCCGUCGAUUAUCGCCUCGGCCCAGAGGAGCCGUACCCAGCAGCGGUAGAGGACUCAGUAGAGGCCCUUCACUGGGUACAUACCAAGGGCAAGGCGGAACUCGACAUAAACCCUGCGCGUAUCGCAGUGGGUGGGUCGUCCAGCGGCGGCAACCUGGCCGCAGUUGUGGCACACAAGGCUGCCCUAGCAGAGGCACCCAUCCCGCUAGUCUUCCAGCUUCUAGUAGUCCCAGUGGUUGAUAACACAGCUUCCACCACCGACACCCGCUACCCGUCGUGGCAGGAGAACAUCAACACGAUCGCGCUCGUCCCUGCGAGAAUGUUAUGGUUCCGCGACAACUACCUGCCGCACAAGGAGGACUGGACCAAGUGGGACAACUCGCCCAUCUUCGCGCCGGAGGAGUCGUUCAAGAAGGCACCGCCGGCCUGGAUCGGGGUCGCCGAGCUCGAUAUCUUGCGAGAUGAAGGCAUCGCUUACGGCGACAAGCUCAAAAACGCAGGUGUCCCGGUCGAGGUGAAGGUGUACAAGGGCGCCCCUCACCCGAUCAUGGCUAUGGACGGUGCUCUGGAGAUCGGGAAGCAACUGGUCUCUGAUGCUGCCGCUGCACUAGCCAAGGCCUUUGGUACUGCAUGACCUAACAUCGACAACCCCUCUGGGACGCGCCGGACUCCGCUGAAGACGAAGGACGAUCUGUAAUUGUAAAGGUGACAAGACUAGUCCGUUAGUAUGAGGCAAUGUAACGUCGAGGAAGUCCACCCGUAUGACUGAUU